CCUCACUCAUUUGUACGCCAGAUCCAGAAGGAAAGGGGGAUAUAACAUGGAAUUUUGGGUAAUGUUGCAGCUUCUGCUCUUGGGGGUGCUUCUGAGGACAGCUCAGGGACAGAGGGACGAGCUCAGUUCUGAAGAGGAAAGAAAAGCUCUGAUGCUCAAGCAUCUGCAAGAGGUCCUGGAGCUGUCGGAACUUGAAGCGACUGAGGAGGAGCCCCUGCAGGAGGUGACCCUGACGGAGGUGGGAGGCUCGGAUGGCAAGGAGAUCUUUGAAGAAGAGCUGGAGGAACAGCUUCCCCACCCCACUGUUCUGACCCUGAUGACAACACCCCCAGCUCAGGAGGAGGAAGACGGCUUCACCUAUGUGUUCUCCCGUCUGAACAGCCUGGACGCAGCUGUGCACCGCCUCAAUGUGCAGUUCUAUCACAUGGAUGUGAAAGUAUCCCAGUUCUCCAAAGGCCUAGCUGAACUGAAGGGGGGCUUGGCCGAAGCUCGUGAAUCCCUCACUUCCCUGAACGAAAUUGCUAUCCGCAACCAGAAAGAGCUUGGAAAAAUUGAUGGUUGCUUGAGGGGCCGGCGCACCCAAAGCAAAUGCUUCUUGAUCUUCAAGCACUUUGAGGUCUACGAUGGGGCACAGAAACUAUGUGCAGCCCGGGGAGGAAACCUGGCUAUGCCAGCCGAUGCCACGGAGUUGGCUGUUCUACGCCGAUAUCUACACGAUGCCUUCCAGCCGUACAACUGGCCAGCCUGGGUAGGCAUCCAUGACCGACGGGCAGAAGGUCUGUGGCUCUUUGAGAGUGGGCAGCGGGUCUCAGUCUUUGACUGGUAUCGUGACCACUUGGUGACUCAGCCCAAUGGCGGCACCCGCGAGAACUGUGUCACCCUCAGUUCUGACGAUGGAAAGUGGUGGGACAAUGAUUGUGAGCGGCGCAUGUAUUACAUCUGUGAGUAUCGUCUCUAGGAGGCAUCCACUUACCAAAGUUUAGCCUGAUUGGCCUUCCAAUUUGAAUAGG